UUCAACAUUAUCCUCCAUUCUACAGUUACCCGUGUAUAUCAUCGUCCAAAUGUCGCUAAUAACGGACGCGGACUAUCUGAUCUACCAGAUGCGCUUAUCCAUGUUAAAGGCUAAAGAUACCCUGGCGGAGCGUAUCAUCACGCUACCAAAUACACUUGAUAGUGAAUACAUCAUUUCUGCAACGUCACAUACAGGACUGGAUGGCGCUCCCGAUUCGCAGUCGUUGGGGUUUCCGGCACCGGGUCGGCUGCGAUCACCAUAUCGCAGUCAGGUCAGUUUUGUUGCGCACAGCCGUCAAAACAUUGCGGAUGACAAGGAAAAAAGAAGUAUCUCCUCACGGCGCGGGCAGCCUACCGGUGGUACCUCUGGUCAACCUGCUGAAUCUGGUGCAAGCACUGGUGUGGUCUCAGACCAGAAUAAUGCACAUUCAAAGGAAGUACUAUCCACGAGUAAACCGAAUGUGGCAGUCCAGAUCACGAGUGACACUGACACUCAGGCAACGGUACCGGCAUCGGUCCUUCCAGAUAGACGAGAACCGACAGAAAGCCGAUUAGACGAUGCGAAUCAUGAGCGCCGUAUGGCGACUAUAGAGGCACUGAAGCUACGCCUGCAGCAAGCACAGCAAAAUUUACAACUAGAUCUGAAAGCUGCUCCACCAGAUGAUUUGCAAGGAGAUGGGCAGAUGGAGGAUGUGGGUGGAGGUGAGGACGCAACACCAUCGGAAGAAGGCAGUGCGCCCCAAUCAGGAGCUAUCGCCGAAGCAGAUGGUGAGGGCCCAGCUGAUGCCAGCAAUACCGGGAGUGAACAAAACAGUCUGCAGGCGUCAAUGCGUGAGGCGCUUCGUCGUGCCGAGUCAGGCGAGUUAGCUCUUCAGCACAGUCAGGGGUCACACUCCUCUGGGGCUUCAAUGCAUCUUGAGGAAGAAUCUGAUGAACUCGAACCGAGCACUACACUAUUGUCGGAGUCGGAAGUGCGAUCCGCUAAUGUGGACACGCCAGUGGUCGUAUCAACUGAACCUGCCGAUGAGGCCAACGAAGAGGGCGUCAUACAUGAGAUUAUUGAUGCGGCUGGGGCUUCUGAAGAGAGAGCAGGAUCUCCACUUCCCAGUAAACUGAGCGUUCCCCCAGAUCAGAGUCUUCUAACAAAGCGGACAUUAUCGGAAAGCGUCAAGAGUGCUCGGACGCCAUCUCUGCCCCGAGAAGACCUCUUUAGAAAGCGAGAUUUGCCUCAGAGUAAGCCAUCUACGUUUGUGCAAAGUGGACCGCUCAAUAGAACGUCAUACCGCGAGCUCCCAUCCAAACCCUUGUCAUCAUUGACGGCGAUGUUACAGCUACAGAGUCGAUCUGAUAAUCCGUUCAGCAAGGACUAUGCUUUCUUUUCCGGAAAAGGCGAUCCUAAUUCGAUACGGUUGAAAAUAUACAUGCCAAUAAGUGAUGAGCCUGACGUCCCACUCGAUAUAUGCGUUUUGCGUGAUGCUAGCGUGGAAGAGGUGAUGGGAUAUACACUUUGCGAGUACUGGGGCGAAGGCCGACAACCAAUGAUUCCCGAGCAUCUGCGAAAUGUGAUAAUGUGGAAUAUGCGGAUCGUGGAAGACGAUGGAAGCAUUGAUGAUGACUUUCCAGCGCUGGAGCGGACCCGCAAAAUAUCAAAGUUUGCCUUUGAUCAGUUUGCGCUUUGCGAAGCAUCGCCAGAUCAAGUCAAACUUAACGAAGGCAACCGCAAACAGCCUGUCUCUAAUAUUGGAUCAAGUUCUUCUGCUGGAACGCCGACAUCUGCCCUUCCCACCACAACCGUCUUCCUUAAAGUACACCUUUACUCCACCAUUGAGGUCAAGCAAACAACGACCAUGCCUGUCGCGUCAAACAUCCCACUAGCCGAUGUCUUCGAACAAAUUUGCCGCAAGCGAAAAUAUGAUCCCAGCAAAUAUGUAUUUAAGAUGGCUGACACAAAAACGGAUGUGCCACUGGAUAAGACUCUGGAACAGUUGCGAGUGUCUGAGCUUUGCAUACUGAAGCGGGCUGGGGGAGGUGCGGGAGAUGUGUUUCUGCGACCACCAGAUGAGAAGACGGAGAUUGCAGAUCAGCCGCGCUUCAUUGAACCAGAGGAGUACUCUUCGAUGUAUAAGCAAUACACGGUAUCACAUAAGGCGUUUAUGGGGCGACAUGAUCGCUUGCUGACGAUUGACGGAGACUACAUUCACAUAAUGGCUGCCGAAAAUAAGAAUUUCUUCGAUACAAUGAAGACAUCAUCACAUCACAUUAGCACAGUCAUAUCUUGCAAGGCGACGAAGAAGACGUCGAGCUUCCGACUUCUGGUGCAUGGAUCGAAAGGCCAUGACACCCGUACGUACGAUUUAGAAGCUGCCUCACAGGUCGAAGCAGCGGAGAUAUGCACAAAGAUAUCCUUUUUAAUUCAAAUGAACAAGCGAGAGAGCGGGCUGCGACUACGGUGAAUUAAUUUUAAUAAUAAACUAAUUGAGCGAUUUCCGCUUUCAUUCAUUGGGGAA